AUGAGAAAAUUUAAGAAACAUCUGAGAGUUCAUCGUUCAAAUUUGAAUCCAUCAGCCAACAUUUAUUCAAACCAGAAUGAAAAUUCACAAAUUGAAGAGAAUAGUCAAUCAAGACAAAAUUUCAGUGAAAAUUCAAGAGCUCAUCAGUCCCUUACAAGCGUUUAUUCAAAUCCAAACAGUGGUAACUUCCACAAACUUCCGAAAUUAAACUUACCCAUUUUUGAGGGAAAUGUGUUGGAGUGGCAGUCAUUCUGGGAUUCAUUCGAUUCGGCUAUUCAUAGCAACAACACGUUGACAGAAGUUCAAAAGUUUAAUUAUUUAAAGUCUUUAGUAGCAGACGAGGCAUCGAACACCAUUUCAGGAUUUGCACUCACACAUGCAAACUACAACAGAGCAAUUGAGCUUCUACAUGAAAGGUUUGGACAAAAACAUAAGAUAACUCAGUCUUACAUGCAAGCGCUCUUGGACCUACCCACUCCCAAGAACAAUCUCACAAGCCUGCGUCAUUUUCAUGACCAAGUGGAGACAUACGUCAGAGGUUUGGAAUCGUACGGACAAGCUCAAGAUACAUACGGUUCUCUUCUAGUACCUGUGAUUUUGAACAAAUUACCUACUGAAAUACGGAAUAAUUCGGCACGUGAAAAUGGCUCUACUGAUUGGUUAUUAGGUGAUUUGAGAAACAGUCUUUACAGGGAACUCGAAAUAUUAGAAGCUGGAGCAGGUAUUGCUGCUCAUAAUGCAGUCAAAACCAAUACCAGGAAUACCCAUGGAUCACAAGCAAAGGCUGAACUGGAUGCAAAGACUAGGGAAAUCAAGAAUCUACAGGAUGAAAUCAAGAACUAUAAAAGUGUCAUUGCUACAUUGAAACAGCAGAUAUCAGAACAGAGGAUUUUGACUGAGAAAACCAUGAAGGAUGUAAUCAUUUUACAAACCCAGUUUGCAAAGCUUCAGGCCAAAUUUCAUGCACAGUCAAUUGCUACAAAGCAAAUGACAACUGAGAAUCAAGCUGAAGAGUUGAAGAAAAAAGAAGUUGAAGUUAAUACUCUCAGACAAAUACAACGACUCAAAUCAUCAAGAGAGACACCUGGUAGGAAACUUCAGCAAGUGGGAGGAAAUAUUCAUUCAGAUUUACUACAGCAGAGAGAAACUCCAAGAGAUCAAAUUACUAGUUUGAAGAGGAAGUUAGAGGUAUCCAAGAAACUAGAUAACGUUCAUAAGAAUAACCUAGAACAGAGGUACAGAGAGGAGAACCAGGAAAAGAUAAACAUCAUGAAUCAAAAGGAAAAGGAACGAAUCCGCUUCACCAAAGAGGCCAGUAAUCUAACUCAGAAUUAUGCAGACUAUAACAAAGUUCAUGGUAUGCAGAUUGGUGACUUCAAGAGGAUUUCUGGGGAUGACACCAAUAUCAGGCAACAGGAGAACACAUUCAAAACACUUCGAGAUGUCGAGAGGACAUACAGCAAGAACCUCAUCGAGUCAUGA